CGAAAGAAAGAAGUAGAAGAAAGACAGUAACAGUGGUGCUUGCUGAGUAGCGGACGGGACGAAUCCACUCACGUCGUUGUUCCUCGCCAUAGCCUCAUAGGGCUUCCUUUUGGCUUCAGUAUACACGAAGUCAUGUAGCGGUGGAGAAGGCUGUCGACACGAGCGAGGCACUCUCCAAAUCCUAGCUUUCAGCUUGUAGAACAUGUUUGUCUCACUGUAUUUCAACUCGUCUAGAAAAAAUAUUUUCUGAAAGUCAUCGUUACAAAUUACAAUAGUCAGUGUCGACACAGGGUUUCGCGGUCGGCUUAUCCUGGACGGCAUACUUCGGAGAGUUUCAACGGUGCGUCAAUAUGUCCGGUUACAGUGGCUAUUUCCCAAAGUCCCCAGGCCAUCAACGGUCUCAAGUGAGCAGCAGCAUGAGCAUGCGUAACCCUCUACCAUGGAAGCCAACAGGCAAGCUGAGUUCCACAUUCCCGGGUACCGAUCACCUGCAGCCGAGACCCGUCACUCCUGGCAGGCCUACUGUGACUACGCGGCUACCAAAACGAGAUCAAGUAGACGGAUCACCUCCAGGGAAGGCGGAUAGCAGCGUGCAGCACCUCGAGGACGAGUACAUUCGUAAUCUUCAGCAGCAAAUAUACUUCCUGGAACUGGAAAGUAACUAUCUGAGACAACAAGCACAGAAAGCACACGAUAAUGCCAGCAAUGCUGUGGAGAAGGCCGAGAAGAAGACAGCUAGCAAAGCGUCCUUGCUACAGGAGGAGUUCCACACACAGAUAGCCAACUUGCAGAAUGACCUGAGGCGAAAGGAUGAUUUCUUGCAGAAGGUGGAUGCAGAAAGGCAACAGCUUCGAGAACAUGUCAAGGCACUUGAAGCCACCAUCACGAAAGACCGCCACAGCCUCAUGGAAGACGUUGCUACGGCUCAGAGGGAGACCAAGCAACACGUCAGUGACAUGAAGAAACUCCGACAGCAUGAAGAACACCUUCAGCAGACCAUGCUGACAAGAAAGCGGCGCCUGGACAAUGCAAACAAGAAAUGCCAAACACUGCAACAGCAGCUGGAUCAAGCCAACUCUCGCGUGUCUGACAUCGACGCCAGGGCUACCACCUUCAAAGAGAAAUGCACUGAGCUGGAGUGUCGUGUAGAGGCCGGCAGGCAGCGUGAAGACGAGCACAGGGACUGUGUCCAAAGGUCUCAUUACACAGCCAUGAAGGAUGAUAGUUCGAGCAGUCGAGCCAAGCUGAGCAAAGCUGAACUCUCCCUGGAUAGCAUCACUGCAGCUAAGGCAAAGGUUGACUCUACCUGCGGUAGCCUUAUUGAAGACCAUUCACGGCUUCAGACAGAAACCUUGGAGCUUAGAAGCCAGCUUGAAAGUAUGAAUAGCCUGCUGGAGCAUCGAGAUCAGCAGAAGCAUGCACUUAUCAGAGAGCUGGUAGAGCUGCGCCAGUACAAAGACGAGAUGAAGAGUGCCAUGGCUGUCUUGGAGCAGAGACUAAUCAACCAGGACGACACAGUGAGGAGCUAUGCAGUCAAGAUCAAGAACAUGGAGGACACACUAGAAGAGGCUAACAUGGAGGUUGGAGAUUUACGGACGCGCCUGGCCAAAGUCGACGUCCAACACCGAGAAUGCCAGCAAGAGAACCUGUCCCUCGCCAGUAACAGUGCUCUGCUUCAGGACCACCUAACUGAAAAGGAUACCUUGGUGCACAGCCAUCAGACGGAAGUAAGUCGACUGAAGGCCACGAAUGCCAGCCUCAGAGCCAGCUUAGCAGAGCUUGGGGCACGGAAGGGAAAUCUUUAGAAAAUAAUUCUAAAGGCAUAAAACUAGUCCUAUACUCUGAGCAUUAUCCUGGCCUUAUUGUCAUUACUCAGUUCGGCCUUAUUGUCAUUACUCAGUUCGGCCUUAUUGUCAUUACUCAGUUCAAUUUUUUCAAGCCGGACUAAUAUUAUUUUCACAUUUCACAUUAACCGGCCUCAUAUCUUUUGUUCAUAUUAGUUCCUGCAGCCAGGCCCCAAAGCGGGAUGCCGGGUGGCAUUUAGUAUUUCGGACAUUGUUCCACAGGGCACACACGCCAGGAACCCGGUUAACCACCCGAUAUGAUGGACUCGCAGAUACUGCUUCAGACUUCAGAAUCAGGGCCAAUGAAUAGACCUGCCACGGGCGACCAAGGAAGGGUUGUACCAGUAACUUCAACGUUCAUGAAACCAGCCAACAAUGAGUAUUAGUACAAGUAGGAAGUAAUUGAUAGCCAGAUUUUGGCCAAUGCCCGAUUGAUUAUUUUUGUAAAAAUCAUCCUGCACUCAAUCAAAAUUUUCCACAUUGCAAAUAUACAUCACACUAGUCUAAAGAAAAACAAACAAUGAUUGGAGGUUUAGAUUUGUGGAGAAAAAAAUGCAUAAUACCAAGAGUCCAUAAACAAGAG